GGCUAAAUUGGCAUCUGUCGAGGGGUUGCAAUGACUUCCACGCAUCAAGCAACUGAAUGGCGGUCGUUGAAGAUCCUAUUUACAGUCUUCUUGUCGUUAACCGUCCAACAGUCCUUCAGACGAUUGGAGAACAACGACACCCCCAGUGCUCCUUCCCUUCUUGUCGCUCUUCCCGAGUUUAGCCAGCUCUUGUUUCAUGUAUUAUUAUAUUGUAGCUUUGGACCUCCGAUAAAGCCCAUCUUCCAACCGAGUUCUUCCCCACUUGGAUUCAAGGUCAACAAUUUGUUCAUUUGGUUCAAGUAUUGAAGAAGUGGUGCUGAAUUCUUCGUACAAAGCAUCUGUAUCUUCAAUGGCGGCAAUACUGGCUUCACACAGCUGCUAUUGCGGCAAUAUGGAGUCAAUGAAUCAAGGGAGACCACUAGACAACCUCAGUUUCUCAAGCUCGAUUUCACUUCAUAAAUCCUCAAAGUUUGAUGGAUCAGCAUGGAGUCCACCAAGGACUGACAAGUUUUACAACUUUCAAGUGGAAAUGCGACAGUCUGAAUCACCCUCAAGAUUAGCUACUAAUGGAAGAGCUGUUAAAAUGGUACCAGCAAGUGAAGUAGUGAAAAGAAAAACCCUGUCCACUAAUAAAGUAGACAUAGUGAAUGGUUCAAGGCAGGUUGUUAAUGGAGCAAAUCUGAUUAGAAGACAACCUAGUCCAGCCCCGGUAAGAAAACCAAAAGUAAUAGAUUCUAAAGAACUUCCACCAGUGGAGGAGCUCAAGGUUUUGCCAUCAGAUGAAGGUUUCAGUUGGGCCAAUGAAAAUUAUAAUUCCUUGCAAAGGAGCAUAGAUGUUUGGUCUUUUGUUCUCUCUUUUCGGGUUCGUAUUCUGUUGGACAAUGCAAAAUGGGCAUAUUUGGGAGGCUUCACAGAAGAUAAGAAGAAAAACAGAAUGCAAAAAACUGCCUCAUGGCUGCGGGAACGUGUGCUGCAGCUUGGUCCAACUUUCAUUAAACUUGGACAGUUAUCUUCAACAAGGUCAGAUCUAUUUCCACGCGAGUUUGUGGAUGAGCUUGCAAAGUUGCAGGAUAAGGUCCCUGCCUUCUCACCAGAGAAAGCAAGAGGCUUCAUUGAGAGUGAACUCGGAGCUCCCAUCAAUAUAUUGUUUAAGGAGUUUGAGGACCGGCCAAUUGCUGCUGCUAGUCUUGGUCAGGUCCAUCGGGCUAUCCUACAUAAUGGAGAGAAAGUAGUAGUGAAAGUUCAAAGACCUGGUCUCAAGAAGCUUUUCGACAUUGACUUACGAAAUCUAAAGCUAAUUGCAGAGUAUUUUCAGAGAAGUGAAACUAUGGGCGGUCCAACAAGAGAUUGGAUCGGCAUAUAUGAAGAAUGUGCCAUGAUAUUGUAUCAAGAAAUUGAUUAUAUAAAUGAAGGGAAGAAUGCAGAUAGAUUUCGCCGCGAUUUUCGAAAUAUAAAGUGGGUCCGAGUACCUCUGGUUUAUUGGGACUAUACUGCCACAAAGGCAUUGACCUUGGAGUAUGUACCAGGGAUUAAGAUAAAUCGAGUGGAUAUGCUAGAUUCACGGGGUCAUAGUCGGUCUCGAAUAUCAGCACGCGCUAUUGAAGCAUACUUAAUUCAGAUACUAAAAACCGGUUUCUUUCAUGCCGAUCCUCAUCCGGGAAAUCUUGCUAUUGAUAUGGAUGAAGCACUCAUCUACUAUGAUUUUGGUAUGAUGGGAGAAAUCAAAUCUUUCACCCGGGAGAGACUGCUUGAACUUUUCUAUGCUGUUUAUGAGAAAGAUGCAAAGAAGGUUAUGCAAAGGCUCAUAGAUCUUGAAGCACUUCAGCCCACAGGAGACAUGUCAUCGGUAAGGAGAUCUGUGCAGUUUUUCUUGGACAAUUUGUUAAGCCAGACACCAGAUCAGCAGCAGACUUUGGCUGCAAUUGGGGAGGAUUUAUUCGCGAUAGCCCAAGAUCAGCCAUUUCGAUUUCCAUCCACAUUUACCUUUGUCAUAAGAGCAUUUUCAACCCUCGAAGGUAUAGGAUACAUCCUUGAUCCAGACUUUUCCUUUGUAAAGAUUGCUGCGCCUUAUGCACAGGAGCUUUUAGACAUAAGACAAAAGCAGCAGCCUGGGACACAACUUGUGCAGGAAAUAAGGAAACAAGCUGAUGAUGCCAGAACCUAUACCAUGUCCAUGCCAUACAGAGUUCAGCGGAUAGAGGAAUUUGUGAAACAGCUUGAUUCGGGGGACUUGAAACUCCGGGUCCGGGUGCUUGAGUCUGAAAGAGCCGCUCGGAAAGCAACUAUACUGCAAAUGGCAACUAUGUAUACGGUAUUAGGAGGCACCCUGCUAAAUCUUGGGGUCACUUUUAGCGGUCAAGGCAGUCAAGUGAUUGCGAAUGGAUCAUUCAUUGGUGCAGGAGUUUUUAUGGCACUAUUUUUCAGGUCUAUGCAAAGGGUGAAGAGGCUUGAUAAAAUUGAGAAGAUGAUAUAAUUUCUUGACUGACAUGUCAAUUCUGCCUUCAUGUUUGACACAUCUUGGUCUACAUUUUUCAGUAAUUUUUGUUUUUUUUUUCAUAAGCAUACACAAGCAAUAUGCCUUGUACUAUACAAAACAUGAUUAAAAUAGAAAAUGUACAAAAGGAGGGGGGAGGGGGGAAAGAAAAAAUAGAAAAAUUAUGAACUUAAAAUUUGGGUUUAAUAAAUAUAUAUAACAGCAAAUUUGAUUUU